AACACAGUGUUGUACAACGACGGGCGGCCUCAGCUGAUCUGUUAGUCACCGAUAUGUUGUUGUUGAAUAAGCUUCCCAGGAUAACGCAACUGCUCAUAAGAGAUUCAAAGGAUCAGCGAGGAAUCUGGGGAUAUGUGGCCGUCGCCUUCAAUCAGGUGGAUGCAGAGCGUCUGGCAAAAGUCGGUGCGAAUCGGCUCUGCGCCGAGUGGAUUGUGAAGAACGGAGGUGGUGUUCGUUUUGUUGAGAAUCCCACUAAGCUUUGGAAGGAUUACAACUCACUUCCAGCAGAAAAUACUCAAUUCUACAUCAAAGUCGUGGAUGCAUCGAAUUCAUCAAUUAUGAAAAUUGGUCUUGAUCAUUUGAAGGGCUGUAAAAACAUCGAUACGGUCAUCUUACACAAUUGCAAGCACUUGGAGAAUGAGGGUUUGGAGGGACUUCAUCACAUCAGUAAUUCACUGGAGCGAUUGCAGGUUUCCGGCUGCUACAACAUCACCGAUUCCGGCCUCGCUGAUAUUGGGGGACUCAAAAACCUGCGACAACUCGUCAUCUUCGACAUGAUUUUUGUCAAGAACAUGGAGGAAGUGGCCGCCAGCCUGAAGAAACAACUUCCGAACUGUGACAUUAAGGCCACUAAACUAGGCGUUACGUUGAAGCCUAAAUAGACCAGAUUUAGUAAAUAAAUAGCUGGUAGACCCAAAACAUGUACAAUGGGUGAAACUUUCACUUUGUAUCCGGUAAUUGUUUUUAAGAUUACUAGUCAAAACUAAUAAAGAAAAUUAUUGCAUUGAACAAAA